UGCUGCCAGCAUAACAUGGCUCUGGUAAACGGCAGGUUUGAAGGUCUCAUGUAUAGCCGCAGUAUCAGGGCACGCAGCCUGACCUGUGUGUACUGCAGCACGUUAUCCUCGCUGAAGAGAAGGGGAUUUAUUCCUGAGCCGUGUGUAGGCAAGCGAGUCACACUACCGGGAGUUCCUGCUUGUCCGGUUAGCGCUGCUGCUGUUCCUGUUGCGCUCUGUGGGGACCGGGGGUCACACCGACUGGGGAUCUUCAGGAGGUCGGUAGCAGCUACGUUCUUGUACGUCCCCAGGAGGAACAGAAAGGUUUACUGGACUUCAAAUUCUGCCAUCAUGCCCGGUUCAAAGUCUCAAGACAUGGGCUCUGCCUUCGUCCAGACGCAGCAGCUCGGCGCUGCCAUGGCCGACACCUUCCUGGAGCACAUGUGCCUGCUGGACAUAGACUCUGAGCCCACCACAGCCCGCAACACUGGCAUCAUCUGCACUAUUGGGCCAGCCUCCCGCUCUGUGGACAUGCUGAAGGAGAUGAUCAAGUCUGGGAUGAACAUCGCUCGCAUGAACUUCUCCCAUGGAUCUCACGAGUACCACUGUGAGACUAUUAAGAAUGUGCGUGAGGCCUGUGAGAGCUUUAAGCCAGGCAGCAUCCACUACCGCCCCGUGGCCAUCGCUCUGGACACGAAGGGACCUGAGAUCAGGACUGGACUUAUCAAAGGAAGUGGCACAUCUGAGGUGGAGCUGAAGAAGGGCAACAUGAUCAAGUUGACCCUGGAUGAUGCCUACCAGGAGAACUGUGAUGAAGACAAUCUGUGGCUGGACUACAAGAACAUCACCAGGGUGGUGGAGCAGGGCAGCAAGAUCUACAUCGAUGAUGGACUCGUGUCCCUCCAGGUCAAGGAAAUCGGUGGUGACUACCUGAUGUGUGAGAUUGAAAAUGGAGGGACCCUGGGCAGUAAGAAGGGUGUGAACCUGCCUGGUGCUGCUGUGGACCUGCCUGCUGUCUCUGAGAAGGACAUCUCUGACCUGACCUUCGGCGUGGAGCAAGGAGUGGACAUGGUGUUUGCCUCUUUCAUCCGUAAAGCAGCCGACGUGCACGCCGUCAGGAAGGUGCUGGGAGAGAAGGGCAAGAACAUCAAGAUCAUCAGCAAGCUGGAGAACCACGAGGGAGUGCGCAGGUUUGAUGAAAUCAUGGAAGCCAGUGAUGGCAUCAUGGUUGCCCGUGGUGACCUGGGAAUUGAGAUCCCCACAGAGAAGGUGUUCCUGGCCCAGAAGAUGAUGAUUGGCCGCUGCAACAGAGCCGGCAAGCCAAUCACCUGCGCCACACAGAUGUUGGAGAGCAUGAUCAAGAAGCCCAGGCCCACCCGUGCUGAGGGCAGUGACGUGGCCAACGCCGUGCUGGAUGGAGCUGACUGCAUCAUGCUGAGUGGAGAGACCGCCAAGGGAGACUACCCCCUGGAGGCUGUCCGCACACAGCACAUGAUCGCUCGCGAGGCAGAGGCAGCCAUGUUUCAUCGGCAGGUGUUCGAGGACCUGCGGCGCGCCGCACCACACUCUACCGACCCGGCCGAGGCUAUCGCCAUCGGCGCUGUGGAGGCCUCCUUUAAGAUCUUGUCCUCUGCGUUCAUUGUGCUCACUAACUCUGGAAGGUCAGCCCACCUGAUCUCCAGGUACAGGCCCCGCGCCCCCAUCAUUGCUGUGACCCGUAACGGCCAGACCGCCCGCCAGGCCCACCUGUAUCGCGGGAUCUUCCCCGUCCUCUACAACAAGCCUGCCCACGAUGUCUGGGCCGAGGACGUCGACCUCAGGGUCAACUUUGCCAUGGAAAUGGGCAAGGAGCGAGGGUUCAUCAAGGAGGGAGAUGUGGUGAUCGUCCUGACCGGUUGGCGCCCAGGCUCUGGCUAUACCAACACCAUGCGUGUGGUCGUGGUUCCUUGAAUUAUGACUACCCUCCUUUGCCCUUCUCACCCCUCCACUGUCUUGCCCUCCUUGUCCCUCUGCUCACUGCUCCCUGUCCCAACACCAGGGCUCAGACAGACUUAUACAGCCCACAACAAACACCUGGCCUUUUCUUCCUCCCCAAGAACAGGCCAGUGGUGGUGACUCUACCAAUAGGAAAUCUCCCCACUACAGUCCACCCCAGGGUUCGUCACGUAGGUGUGUUCUGUUCGCUAUACUGUAACUUGUAAAAAUAAAAACACACACACACUCCAAUUCCUAUAACUCGAACAAAAUGGUGGCAACCCGACAAACAGCUCUUCUUUAAGGCCCUGUCACCGUUAAACUCUUCCCCCAAACAGCCCCUUGUUGUGCUGUCUGUAUUUGCAUUGUGUUCUGUAUACUUUCUCUGCACUCCCAAUCUACUGUAGACCAUGUUACAUUCUGUAUUAUACUUGACUUUUGUGAAAGGUGAAUUUAGAUUCUGGGCAUCCAAUACUAUAUAUUUUGUCUAACCAAUAGUUUGACAGGUUACUUUUUUUGUGUUGAAUUAUUCUUAGAAAGCCCUUACAUUUGUCAUAACUAAGUUGGCACUUAAGAACCACUGUAUGUAUGUAAGCUGCUACAUGGUUCUCUCAAAUGAAUGAUGUAUGAAUUCAGUACUUUGAGGGUUUUUCAAAGGGCACCUCUUCUUUCCUCUUGCUCCUGUCUGUCGGUGACCUAGUGUGUCUAAAUGUCCAACUGCUUCUUUGAUUGUGAGGGUAGGGUGUAACACAAUGUUAACUGGUGUAAUGAGUUGUCCUUUACUACUGGAUUUCAAUCAUUAAAAGAGAUGAGCACC